AUGCAAGAUUUUUCUGCAGUCGACUAUUCUGGCGAAUGGUAUCAGGUCGCUGGCUAUCCAGUCUACUACAUUCCAGAGGGAACUGAUUGCGUAAAGGCAAUGUAUGGUAUUGAAGAAGGAUACAUCAGCGUCAACAAUUCUUCGGUGAGAAAAGACGAGGAUGGGCAGCGAUACCUCUCUUGGGGUCUUGCUAAAGCAUAUCAAUCCUACGGAGACCGCUGGCCAAAUCUUCUCUAUGUUGAUUUCAGAAACGAAUACGACCCAUCCAAUCCUACCGAUCCUCAAUACUGGAUCUUCGAGGUCGACUACAAUGAAUACACUUUGGGAAUGGAGUGCAAGCAAUACGAUGAUUUCUCGUACAUGAUAAUGUGGAUUCUCGCCCGAGAUCCGGAAUUCGUAAAUUCUGUCAAAUUUCAAGAAGUAGUCAAUCGAGCAGCAGAGCUGUACGAAGUCGAUCCGGAAAAACUUGUCUUUACUGAUGACACUGUUAACGGCUGUAAAUAUGAUUACAUAAAGGGAGACCAUGGACUGUAA